CUGUUCUUUAAACGCCUUUUCUCCGAUCCGACAACAUGCUGUGUGCCACUAAACUCUCCUGACAGAAUGUAAUGUCAUUAUCGGAUUACCGUGCAGCCACUCCGUGGCUGGACACUACUACGCCGACGACCGAGGUCGCAGUCGGGUCGCCGGUGAUUUGACGUCUGUUGUUAAAACAGGCGUUUUGGCAUUUAUUUAUUUAUCUGGUAUUUAUUGGCGACGGAGAUUUUUCUUCUUCUGUCAAAGAGUGGAAGACGCCAAGUGGAGAUGAACAUUUUUAAAGUCGAAGCGCAUAUAGGCCUACCAACAUCUGUGGGUCUCUUCUGACAAUUCCCAGAAGCUUUUAAGAGGAACAUCAACGUUAUUCGAAACGUUUUCUGUCAUGUCUGUCUCCUGUCUGCUGGAAUGGAAGCAACUCCUGCUCGAGAAAAAAAGGAAAGAGGAGGAGGAGCGAGAGAUGAGAGAGAAAGAGGAGGAGGAGAAGUUUGCCAACAUGCCCGCCUGGAAGCGAGAGAUCAUACAUCGGAGGAAGGCCAAGCAGGAUGGUUUAGGUGACAGGGAAAAGGAGAGAGAUGUCUCUCUGCUGCAGGUGGAUGUCAGCUCUGCUUCUGAUGGCCUGAGUGACAAGGACAGGAGUCAAGGAAGAGAAAAAGAGAGGAGCAGGGACAGAAGUCAAGGAAGAGAACAAGAGAGGAGCAGGGACAGGAGUCAAGGAAGAGAAAAAGAGCAUAACAACCAAUGGAUAGAAUCAGUUAAAGAUGCAGCCAGGGAGCGAGAAUUAAUUAUAGUAAGAAAAGACGAGGAGGAAAAAGAAACAGAUCCGCCAUCUAGUUCGUUUUCUCCCCUCGGGUCUUGUCUUCGGACCAUCCGAGCCAAUAACAUCAUCAUCAUUGAGCAGGAUAGGAGAGGCAGCGAAGAGAGAAAGGCUAGAUGGAGGGAAGCAGAGAGAGAGAGGCCUGAGGAGGACCAGCAGCUGAAGAGAGGGAUGAAGAUGGACCUGAGGGAGAUCCUUGCAGCAGGAGGGAGCAUCACCGAGAUCCGAGCCUCUGAAGUUCUGAUCAUACAGCCCUCGGCAAGCCCUGAAGAGAGGAGUCCAGAAGUAAUGAGAGGAAGGAGAGGUUCGGGUCGAGAGGAUGGAGAGAUAAAGUGCAGCAUGGAUGUAAGGAAGGAUAGUUUGGGCAGGGAGCUCAGAAGAGACGAGUCCUGGCUGGGAGAAAAAGAGAAAGCGAGACCAUGGGGCCAGGCGGCGGUUAUUAAAGACGACAGGAAGGACAGCGUGGAUGAUGCCGUGUUUGUUGAAAAGGGAGGGAGGGUCAGCCAGCUGCUGAGUAAAUUCGGACAGCACCCCAAGCCCUCUCGAUCCAAAAGCUCUGAUAUUUUCCUCCGGCCUGGGAGGAGAAAACUCUCAGAUGAAGAUGACCAACAAUCAGAGGCAGAAGAGAGGAAUAUGUUCCUGAAAGGUGGACCGAAACGCUCAUUUAGCUUCUCCGAUCGGGUCCUCUGUGGCAAAGAGAACGGUUUAGAUGAUGAGAAUGCGAGGAAAACUCGUGAGAGUAUACAUUCAGACAAGAGCGCAGGGCCGUGGGUCAAUGCCGCGGGUUUAGGGAAGGAGGUCACAAAGACCAAACUGGGGUGCACACGGCUUAUAGAUAAAGACCGGUUUGGAUUGCAAAAAGAUGGACAUUCAAAAAAUAAGGAUGGAAAGGGGAAGAAGAGGAGAGAUGAAGCCGAAAUGUGUCCCUCCCUCCAACACAGGAGCGAAGUUAAGAAAGCAGAGCCUGUCGAUGCGAGGGCUUUGGAGAGGGCAAGCGACGCAGAUGGAGACGAGGGGUUCACAGCGGCAUCGGUCAAAAACACCGAAGGAAUCUCGUUUGCUAUAAGAGUUGCGAUCAGGCAGGAGGGGAGAGCGAGAGCCGAAAGAGAAAAGUCUGGUGAGAAAAGUCUAGAAAAGGAGACGAGUGUAGGGAAACCCCCAGAGGCGGGAGUACAGGUUGAGGAGCACGUUUGGAAUGAAAAGGUGUUGGAUUGUCGGAUGGAAGAGGGAUUCGAAAGCACAAUCCCACCUGAAACGUUGAGCCACGCCGAAUCAGCUUUCACCGAGUGCUCCAGUCUGCUCUGUGCUGAUAGGGCUCGAGAGCUCCACCAGUGGAGCACUUUAGGGCCACAAGGACCAUACAUCGCACACUCCAUUUUGUCCCAACACACGGAGGAGCUUAUAAGUAAAAUAGAAAAAAUAGGAGACACAACUAUUUAUACCAACGAGAAAGGAGAACGGACUCACAAGGCUGCAUAUGAAAUGACCAAAGGGUCCGAUCAGGAGAUUGGAUCAACGACACUCCUUAAUGAUGCAACCCCCAGAUCUCCAAAAAGGUUGGCACCCACGGGGAUCCCUCCAGUUCCCCCGGAGAUUCAAAUCCCCAGAAGUGUGUUUUACGUUGCAGAAGAAACAGUCGAGAGAAAAAAGGCCGUGGGUCAACGAGGCGAGGGGAAAGACUGGGAAGGGGGUCAAGGGGUUGAGAGGAGGGAUAGCUGGAGAAUCGGAAAACCUCUGAGCCGCAUCGAGUCCCUGCGAGAGAAAAUAAGGCAGAGGGAGCAGGAGAAGCUGAGACAAAGAGAGGCACGAGGUGGCGGCGGGAGUGAAGGUGCAGAGUUAAACGACACUUGGGCACCCGGGGACGGGCGUGACGAGAGGGGAGCUGACAUGGAGAACGAGUGGGAAGCUGCAGCUCGGAUGCGGAAGCCGGUCGAAGCGGAGAGGGGACAGGAAGACGCAGCAGCGCAGACGUCCACGGCUGCGUUUGACGUCACGCAGGAAGUCGGCUCGUUGAAAACCUGCCUCCCACUUCCUGUUUCUGCCCCAUUCUCGCAAGCCGUCGGAGCCGAGGAAGUGACAAGCGGGUACGCCACUGCCACCUCCCAAGUUAUCUGUGACAGCUUCCAGAUAUCUGAGGGUGACCACGACCCUGUGGAACAUGUGGAUGAAGAGCUGAGGCGCCACAGGAGCCAACACCUGAACAGAGAAGACGAAAGCGAGGAGGAGGAGGAGCUCUCCAAACAGGAGGAAGAGGAUCACACAUCGCCUCUCGACCCCGUGAAAUCGUUCUCCCCUUUAACGCCUCAUUCCAACUCCCUCGCAGCCAUGAGCCGGAUAUACAAAUUGGAGACGGGUGGCUUGAGGUCGGGCUUGUGCCUGAGGGAGAGGACCGCAGACGUCCCAUCAGUUCACCUCGUGAAGGUGAAGCCCCUCGUGUCCAACGCGCGGCGGGGCGACAGCAAGACAUUCUCGGGUGAGGACAUUUGUGGGGUUCAGGCAAUACAACGACAGAUAGAGCGGUUUCAGCUGAGAGAGCAGGAAACGCUGAAGUCUUGUGGGUCACCAAACACCCUCCUGAAGGACAGGGGGACGAAGGGGCAUCAAAGCCCCAGAGGAGUGUUAAAGCACCAGGUAAAGGACGAUGAAAAGACCCCGGAAAACGAUGAAGAAACGUCAAAAUCGAAUCCCAAUGCGUCUCCUCGACGAGUCCGUUCUCCAACAUCUCAGCUGAAAGAAACUAACCAAGCGACCACGGUCGCCCCCUCACUUCUCAGGAGCCAAUCGCCGGACAGCACUCUGAAGCGGUCGGAUUACGCCCCGACGCCGGCCUCCCCAUCUCCUUCCCGGUCUCCGAGUGUCUCUCCAUCUCCAACCCCGUCGCCCACGCUCUUCUCCGUCAGGAGUGCCUCUGGAGGCCAAGUGAAGAGAGGGGUCACCAUCACUAUCGCCCCAAAAAAGCCUGCUGGCAGUGGAGUGACGGGACCCUCGACGGGGUCCACGGCAGGAGGGUCGAAACCUUCAAACGGCUCAUCGGAGCAGGACCAGGCGGCCUCCGCUGCGGCCGAGCCUGUGAAGAAGAAGUACCCCACAGUGGAGGAGAUCGAGGUGGUUGGUGGAUAUCAGAAUCUAGACAAGUCCUGUCUGGUCAAGAACAGAGAGACUCCAAAAAGGUGAGUGUUUAGUUUAGUUUGUUUGCUUUUCACUCGCAUAAAUGUG